AUGAUCCCUCAUCGGAGUACAACCCUCCUGACGGCCAUCGUCUUCAUCGGUCUGUUACUCGUCAUCUUCUCCUCCACCCCAUCCACCCCCGAUCCGUCCACGGGCGAGGUACCAGUCUCCGGCCCGGCCAAGUAUGUCCCCCGACCGAAGCUACCGGCGCUGAGCGACCUGCACCUCCCGUCGUUCUAUCCCACCGCGCAUAAGCCGCCCGCGACCCAGCCGGACAGCGCGAGCGGAGGUUCGAAAUGGCUGAGCGACCUGUCAUGGCUGAAUCCCUUCUCCUCGUCCACCACCCUCGAGGAGGACCGAUCCGUGCUCCCGCCGCUGCGACACCGACCCUACGUCUACACCUACUACAAUGCCGAUCAGAAGAAUGGUGGACCCCAGGAUAAUGCCGAUGCCGGCCUGCUGCUCGCCUGGCGCCGCGCGUGGUUCGCCCAGGGGUUCCGCCCCGUCAUCCUCGGCCGCGGCGAGGCCGUCCACAACCCGAUCUACGAGAUGGUCCAGAAUAUCAAGUUCGGGACCGCGGACAUUGAACACGAGGUGCUCCGCUGGCUGGCCUGGGGGCACAUGGGCGAUGGGAUCCUGGUCCACUGGCGCUGCUUCCCCAUGGCGCGGUACGACGAUCCACUGCUGUCCUACCUGCGCCGCGGAACGGACCCGGCGGUCAUCACGCGUCUCGACAAGAUUCAGAAUGGCCUAUUCGCCGGCACGAAGGAGCGGAUCAACGAGGUGAUCAAGGAGGCCGUCAGCAAGGGUAUCAGCGACCAGGCGACCAACAUCUUCGACCUGGUCGCGCCCGAGACGUUCAAGGUGGAGCAGACCAGCGCCGUGGCGUGGUACAACUCGGCCGCCAUCGUGUCGCACUACCCGGCCCUGGCGGAGAAGAUGGACCGGUCGCGGGGCUCGGGCACGGCGGCCCUGGUCGAGCUGGUCCACUCGCACCUGCACAACACCUUCCAGAACGCAUUUCCCGCCGGCAUCGCCGUCCUGAAGCCGUUCCCCGAGCACACGACAGCCCUGGUCGAGCCGGCGCUCCGGUUGGCCCGGGCGCUGGGCCGCUGCCCGCCGUCCCCGAUGCCCAACUCCUGCCCGCCGAACCUCCCCCGCUGCCGACCCUGCGACCCGGAGAAGCCGAUGCACAUCAGCCAGCCCCAGAGCUACCGCAACACGACGCACGUAUUCAGCAUCGGCACGCUACCGCACCCGUACACACUCGUCAGCCUGCGACAGAACUCGGCGGAGGUGACGACGCGGCACAUCCGUCGCGAGACGGAGCGGGACGAGUGGCUGCAAGCCGUGACGCAGGAGCAGCUAGGCCUCGAGAUCGGCGGGUCCGCCCGGGCCAGCGUGUUGAAGAAGGUGGUGGCAGACGACGACCUGACGGACGCGUCGCUGUGGAUGACGGUCGAGUCCAUCCCGCCCGACGCGGGCCAGGCCCUGCCCACGGAGCUGCUGAACGAGUUCGAGUGGCAGCUGGGCUUCCCGAUCCCGCGGGAGGAGAAGGACAAGGUGGAUGCCAAGAACGAAGGUGCCUCCAAGGAGUCCCUGCAGAACGCCAACCCCAGCCGAGAGGGGGUGGGACGCGAGUACGAGGUGCUCCAGGCGGCCCGGGCGGUGCUGAACAGCAGGGAGGGACCUCAGGUGGUCAUCAGAGACGUGGUGGAAGCGUGGAAUCUGGCCGAUACGGAGGUGUGGCGAUUUGUCCGAGCAUUCCGCGCCCGAAGUGUCUUUGAGCGACAGCGAUGGGAGGAAGAGGAGAAGAAUUUCCUGGGACCUCUACACCACUGA